AUGCAAAAUCAAAACAAGGACAAUCUAAUGCAGAGUUCUAAUAUUUCAAGCAUUUUCCCGAGAUUGCAAUCACCCCAAUUAUUUCUUCCUCAUCCUCAUUUUCCUUAUCCUUAUCAAUCUAUUUUCUUUCGUCCGUUUGUUCUUCAAAGGUCUUUGGUGCCACAAAUGAAUUUAUUUUUACCUCCUCUUCCUUUCAUCCGAUUUCGCCCGAUCACUAUCCCAGAAAAAGAGAAAAAGCUGAUAAGUAAACUGAGCAUUGAGUCAAUAAUAAGUUCUUCAGAAGAUGAAAAUAUAAAGAAUGCUGGACAAAAUAGAGGUAAAUUCAAAAAGAAUUACGAGAUUAAAAUGUUAUUAGGCCUUGCAGGAUCAUUAAUGAACCUCCACAAGUCGAAUUCGGUUAAUUCCAGUGAGAGUUCUAAGAAUGGAGAAAUUAUAAAGGAACUUAAUAAAAUUUCAAUGUUAUCACAACAAAAGAAAGAAAGGCCUAAAGCAAGUUUUGAACCAACAAGCGACGAGGAUGCACAAAUCAAAGCUAGUGAAGCUUGCAGCAGUGGCGCUGUUGAAUCAAAUCGUGGAUAUGCUUGUCAUCGCUGUGGGAAAUUAUUUAGUUAUGCUUAUUAUAGAUCCUUUGAGAAGCGUGAUCGUUUGCGCAUUCACAUUCUUCAUGUCCAUGAGCGUCGCCGACCACAUGUUUGCCAGAUUUGCAACAAAGCAUUUUCCCAGUCAAGCAGUUUAAGCAAGGCAUGA